CCUUCCCAACUCGCGCUCAAAAUGAUUUCUGGAUUUCGCUGCCUGAAAAAGACGUCCAAAAAGCCUUGCUUAUCAGACGGCAAAGUAUCGCACAAAGCUUUUUUUCACAGCGAAGAGAACAAAUUGGAAUGUUGUCGAAGACUACACCGGCUGAGAGAUUCUGAAAGUAUCAUAUUAGGAGUAAUACCCAUAUUACGGAUUUGGUUGUUGAUUGACUUCGGAGAAUAGCAAUAGCUUUAUUGCUUGAUUGUUGCUUGAAAGGUGGUUGCGGUUGCUGUGCAAUACUAUUAAACGAUCUCUUGUGUACUGAAUUUUGCAAAGAUGGGUGCUUGUGAUCGAGGUGCUAACGAGACCUCUCUGCCCUUAAAUAUUUCCAGGAAGAAGUCGCGGAUUAGAGGUGAUGGAUCCAUGUCCGUGGCUGAAAUCCUCGCCAAGUGGAAAGAGUAUAACGCCCGGCUCGAUUCUUGCAGUAAUAAAAUCAAACCUAUUCGUAAAGCUCCCGCGGUUGGUUCGAAGAAGGGAUGUAUGAAAGGGAAGGGAGGACCGGAGAACUCGCGAUGUAAUUACAGAGGGGUGAGGCAGAGAACAUGGGGCAAGUGGGUUGCAGAAAUUCGAGAGCCAAACAGGGGGAAGAGGCUUUGGCUUGGUACUUUUUCAAAUGCCGUUGAAGCUGCCUUUGCGUACGAUGAAGCUGCAAGGACCAUGUAUGGUCCUAGUGCUCGCCUCAACUUUCCGGGUUAUUGUCCGGCCACCACCUCCUCAGGCUUUUGCUCGGUUUCAACUCCCUUCGGUUCAGAUUCUACGACAACAUCAAAUCACUCCGAGGCCUACCCCAAUGUGAAGAAUGAGGAUGGGGAAAGUGAAUCGGGAAUCAAUCCUCUGCAUGCUGCAGUCUCUGAAACUAGUACGGUGCAGCCAGAAGCAAAGGUGGAGUCCUUACAUGUUACAAAUGGCACUUGCAGUGACAUCCAUAAAAUUAAGCAGGAGCCAAAGGAUGAGCCUAUUGGGUUCAAGAACAAUUGUUGGAACAAUGGACAGGAGAAAUUGGUGGGUUACGUGGAUGAAAUGUUUGAUGUGGAUGAACUGAUGGGGCUCUUAGACAGUAAUAUUCCUCUUGGCAACAAUAAAUCCAUACUGGGUGUGGGUUAUGAUGCUGGUCAAAUAGGGCUCCCACACAGCAAUCAAUACGAGAAACCAUCAAUUUUGUCAUACCAGUUUCAGAAUCCAGAUGCCAAGUUGCUGGGGACACUGAAUCAUAUGGAGCAGGGACCUUCUGGAGUUGAUUAUAGCUUUGACUUCUUGAAGCCGGAUAGGCUGGAUGAUGAGAAGAAUGGGACGGAUGGAUACUAUACUUCAAUUUAGGAUCAGAUUUUAGAUUUUGAGAGAUAGGAUGAAUCUGCUUGAUAGAUAUCCUUUGUAUUUUUUCAUUGCUGACCGAGCUUACAGCUUUUAGAUUCCCCAAUUUAGCUUGUUUUUCUUCAUCUUAUACCACUUAUGAAAACACACUGUUAAAUGGAAUGUCCUUUAAAAGUGUGGACUUAUGUUGGAAAAAAAAAUUUUGGUUGUGCA